AUGCUCAAUCUAUUCCCAUUAAGUUUAUUUUUAUCUAUCUAUCUAUCUAUCUAUCUAUCUAUCUAUCUAUCUAUCCUCAUUAUGUCUAAUUUAUUCCCAUUUUAUAUCUAUCUAUCUAUCAUCUAUCUAUCUAUCUAUCUAUCUAUCUAUCUAUUCUCAUUAUGCUUCAAUCUAUUCCCAUUAAGUUUAUUUCUAUUCAUCUAUCUAUCUAUCUAUCUAUCUAUCUAUCUAUCUAUCCUCAUUAUGCUCCAAUUUAUUCCCAUUUUAUAUCUAUCUAUCUAUUCAUCUAUCUAUCUAUCUAUCUAUCUAUCUAUCUAUCUAUCUAUUCUCAUUAUGCUUCAAUCUAUUCCCAUUAAGUUUAUUUCUAUCUAUCUAUCUAUCUAUCUAUCUAUCUAUCUAUCUAUCUAUCUAUCUAUCUAUCUGUGUAUCUAUCUUCAUUAUGCCCCAAUUUAUUCCCAUUUUAUAUCUAUCUAUCUAUCUAUCUAUCUAUCUAUCUAUCUAUCUAUCUAUCUAUCCUCAUUAUGUCUUUAUAAAUCUAUUCUGUUCCUCUGUCUGUCUCUCUGUCUGUCUGUCUGUCUCUCUCUCUCUCUCUCUCUAUAUAUAUAUAUAUAUAUAUAUAUAUAUUAUAUAUAUAUCUGUAUCUAUCUAUCUAUCUAUCUAUCUAUCUAUCUAUCUAUCUAUCUAUCUAUCUUAGUUCUUAUCUAUUUCCAAUUCCUGUACGAAUUUCUAACAGUACCAUAUCUCUCCACCCUUCCACCUCCACCUGAUUUUUUCUGCGUGGGCCCCCCUUGUGCCAAUAUAACCCCACUUCCUCUCGCACCCGCCUACGCGGGAGAAAAAAAAAACAAAACUUCGCACUGUAACCUUCAGAGAUUUAUUAUUGCUGGUAAAAUCUAUCUAUCUAUCUAUCCCAGUCUAUUUCUCACUCUCUCUCUCUCUCUCUCUCUCUCUAUCUAUCUAUCUAUCUAG